AUGACCAAUUUCCAAGAGUUCCUCAGCAACAUAUUCCUGCCGCUGUUCGAAGUUACCAUCGACCCUAACAGCAAUCUCGAACUCCAUAAGUUCCUUACUCACGUGAUCGGGUUCGACAGCGUGGACGACGAGUCCAAGCCGGAGAACCCGAUGUUGGACGCGGACGUGCGCGCGCCCGCCGCCUGGGACGAGGACGAGAACCCGCCCUACGCCUACUACCUCUACUACAUGUACGCCAACAUGACCGUGCUCAACCACGCGCGCAAGGAGCAGGGUCUGAACACGUUCGUGUUGCGGCCUCACUGCGGUGAAGCUGGGCCCGUGCAGCAUCUCGUGUGCGGGUUCAUGCUGGCGGAGAACAUUUCCCACGGAUUGCUGCUGCGGAAGGUGCCGGUUCUUCAGUACCUGUACUACCUGGCUCAGAUCUACAUCGCUAUGUCUCCGCUCAGCAACAACUCGCUGUUCCUGAACUACCACCGCAACCCCCUGCCCGAGUUUCUAGCGCGCGGCCUUUGCAUCACGCUCAGUACCGACGACCCCUUGCAAUUCCACUUCACUAAGGAACCGCUGAUGGAAGAGUACAGUAUCGCGGCGCAGGUGUGGAAGCUGAGCUCGUGCGACAUGUGCGAGCUGGCGCGUAACUCUGUACUCAUGUCGGGAUUCCCACACGAGAUGAAACAAUACUGGUUGGGGCCUAAUUACAUGAAAGAAGGUGUUGCGGGCAACGAUAUCACGCGUACCAAUGUACCGGAUAUACGUAUUUCCUUCCGCCACGAGACGCUGCUCGACGAACUCACUAACAUCUUCAAGGCGCGUCAUAUGCCUGGGUAUGUGAGGAGUCCUACUGUACCCCCCACCACGCCACCACCGCCAGACUUCACCGCGCCCAUCGUGAGCCUCAAGAGACCUUCGCUAGUUUAA